UUGAAGACAACAACACUGCAGCUGGUCAUCACCAUUUAUACACUAUGGCAAUAACAGAAAAAAAAUUCAGCAACAUCUGAAACUAUUCCUCUAAAAACUCUCCGGUGUAGCGACUUAGCACCAACGAGGCCGAACAAGUUAUUAUCAUUUACUCAGACACUUGGGAAGACAUUUCCAAAUGUCCUCUGGCUGUCCACCCCAGUCACCGGCUGUGGCAAAGUCUGAGGUAACAGUAGAGGGAGAAUGCCCGCUACUGGCUGCCACCUUUGCCUACUGGGACAAUAUCCUGGGUCCACGUGUGCGCCACAUCUGGACACCAAAGGGAGACCAAGUGAUGUUCCUCAGCGAUGGAGAAGUCACAUUUCUGGCCAAUCAUACACUUAAUGGGGAGAUUCUGCGUAGCGCUGAGUGUGGCGCAGUGGAUGUGAAGUUCUUUGUCCUGGCAGAAAAGGGCGUCAUCAUUGUCUCUCUCAUCUUUGAUGGCGAGCUGAAGGGGGACAAGAACACGUGUGCCUUGUCCAUUAUCCUGCCUCAGACAGAGCUGGCCUUCUACCUGCCUCUGCACACCAUCUGCGUGGAGAGGCUAAAGCAUGUUAUCCGCAAAGGACGCAUUUGGAUGCAGAAGGGCUACAACAUCAUCUCAGUGCUGAGCUUGGAGAUUGUCCCUAUCAUGGAGCUGUUGGCCUCUAUGAAGACGCACAGUGUGCCAGAAGAUAUAGAUAUAAAAGACACCGUGCUAAAUGAUGAUGACAUCGGGGACAGCUGCCACGAGGAUUUCCUCCACAAGGCCGUCAGCUCUCAUCUGCAGACUUGCGGCUGUUCAAUAGUGGUUGGGAGCAACCCCGAGAAAGUAAAUAAGAUUGUACGUACUCUCUGCCUCUUCCUCACCCCGGCUGAGAGGAAGUGCUCUCGCCUCUGCAAGGCUGACUCUUCUUUCAAAUAUGACACAGGCCUGUUUGUUCAGGGUCUGCUCAAGGACUCCAGAGGCAGCUUCGUCCUGCCCUUCCGCCAGGUGCUCUACUCCCCUUACCCGACCACGCACAUCGACGUCGACAUCAACACAGUCAAGCAGAUGCCACCGUGCCAUGAGCACACGUACAACCAGCGGCGCUACAUGCGGUCUGAGCUGAGCGCUCUCUGGAAGACGGACAGCGAGGAGGACAUCCCCCCCGACACAGUCAUUCACACUGACGAAUCCUUCACACCUGACCUGAAUAUAUUUCAAGACGUCAUGCAUAAAGACACUUUGGUGAAGUCAUUUAUAGACGAGGUGUUCAUGCUGAAGCCAGGCCUGUCCCUGCGGAGCACCUAUCUGGCCCAGUUCCUGCUGCUGCUCCACAGGAAGGCCCUCACACUGCUCAAGUACAUCGAGGACGAAACGCAAAAAGGGAAGAAGCCGUUUCGAUCCUUGCGUAACUUAAAGACGGACCUGGAUCUGACGGUGGAAGGAGACCUGCACAUUGUAAUGGCCUUCGCUGAGAAGCUGAGGGCGGGACUGCACUCGUUCGUGUUUGGCAAGCCGUUCUACACCAGCAUGCAAGAACGAGACGCGCUCAUGAGCUUCUGACUCCUGUCUGCACCUGCACUUUAUGUAUUGGAAACAGAUGUUGUAUUAUCUUUGUUUUGUUUGUUACGUCAAUGCAUGCACAACCGUAAUACUGAAUAUUUGUUUCUGCUUUUCUGAAAUGGAAAAAAACUAAAAAUGUUGCCUUCCUUUUGUGUCUUGAUCAAGUCAAGGCAUGAUUUCAAAGACUAACUCUUACUGCUGUUAUGAGCCAUUAGACUGAAAGUUUUGAUAUAAUGUGUUGAUCAUCUGUAAGCAUAAUGUUUUGAGAAGACUUCAAUAAUUGUCUGCAGGAUGAAUUAUUCAUGUGUUCUAUGCCUUCUGUCAAUAGAGGGUCUGUAUUCAUUUGUGGUUUUAAAAUUGACUGAGGUGCCCACCAGGACAUUUGCAAUUUAAUUAAAAAUGAUAUUUAUUAAAACGUUU